AUGUCGAACUCACAAACUCCCUCCUCUCCCUUCUUGCACACCGCCACCUCUCUGCAACAACUCAUCCUCCAUCAAGAUGUCCUCUCUCGAAUACUCUCCUUUGGGCUCUCUACUCUCGACAUUUAUUCACUCAAAUUUACAUGUGGGGAUUUAUUUCAAUUAUUGGGAGGUGAUCCUUCUCUUCUCCAUGCAGAUUCAUUGAGAGAAAUAUUGAAAAAUCUUCAUUUGCCUCGAAUAGUGAUGCAAAUCGCAAUGUACGGAAAUGAUGAACAAAUGGAAUUGGCAGUUUCUGAAAUUCAACGAUUAUUUCAACAAAAGAGUCGAAUUAUUUCAAACACACAAAUUGAAAUUGAAGUGGAAUGGCCCACGCAUACACUGGAAGAGUAUGAAAAAGAUCCACAACAUUCUUUGAAAAGUGACAGAAAUUAUCUGGAAAGAGUAAGAUUUUUGAAAUUAUUGAAAUAUUUCGACACAAGUGUAGUCCAAACAAUAUCAAAUGUACAAAAUCCUUCUUCACAACUGAAUUCUCCAUCCAACCCAAUCAAUCCCUCAAUUGAAGAAACAUAUUCAGAGAUGGAAAAAACCAUUUUACAGGAAUUUUUCGAUGUGAAAUUUCUCGAGAAGGAGGACGAUCAACACCAUAACAAUCGAAUUUCACCUCCUGCAAGUUAUUAUUUUGCACACUUCGAGUCACAACUCAGGAUUCAUUCCUCCAAAAUCAACAGACGUAUCGUUAAUAGUAGUAGUGAAAAGUAUGAAACAACAAUCACUCUCGAAAACCAUUUAUUGAAUUGGAGAAAUAGAAACUCGCUCAAUGACGAUCUUGUGAAAAAGAAAUCACUCAAUGCAUGUCAAAUAUUUGACAAAUUCAUUCUCCAUUUACAAUUUAUACCUUUUUUAACUGACCGUAUUCCUCCCCUGCAUGAUCUCUAUAUUCAUCCAAAUGCUCAAUCUUCGAUCAAUCUUCCAAACUUAUUUGGUGAAAAUCAUGUCAACGAUUUCCAUGGAAAGAAAAAGUAUGAAUUCAAUUAUCGAUACAUGUAUGGAAGAGAUGUCUUCACCGUGACACGUUUAGUGAAGCAUGUCAUGUAUUACAUUUUUAAAGAGUAUCUUGUUUUGAAAAUGGAACGUGAUGCAGUGAUUGAUUUGAAACAAGUGUAUGAGAAAGAAGAGUUACAACAUAUCCAAACGUUAUUGAAAGCAUCGUCGAAUGAUGAAAAGAAUCCAUCGAUUGAUACAAAUAUCUCGAAUUCAUCCAAUUAUCUCCUUUGUCACUAUUUCACCAUUGAGAAUAAUGUCAUUAAGGCAUUUCGAAAAAGUGUUCUUAAUGGAAAUGUUUCUUCCUUACCCAUUCCUCCUAAAAAAGCACCAAUUGCUUCCAUUCUAUCGAACUCAAAGACACGCCAACCCAUUGAACAAUCCGAAAGGAUUUCCUUUUUUAAAAAUUGGUUGACUCUUCUCUCAUUGGAAAGCAUGACCGAUCGAAUGCGUGUAUUGGUGGCCAUUCAAUUUGUGAAAGUUGCCUUCGAGUCAGACAUGAAGAGUUUAUCUUCUCCAGAGGCGCUUCGAAACUUGGCCAAUGCUCUCAAAACAGACAUUUCAGACCCAAUUUCAUAUGGAAUCCAAACCAAAAGUAGAAAUAUUUCAAUUUGA